UGAAUUUGGGUAUUUCCGUUGUAAUUAAAUAGUGGGAGUCUUUUGAUUCAUCAUCAACAAAUUGGUGUUCCAGAAAAAUCUUGUGUUUUUGUUGCAAAUUAUUGAUCUGAUCGAAACUAUUUAGUUGAAAGUAAAAAAUGUUUAACGGAAUGAUGGAUCCUGAAUUGAUGAGACUUGCCCAGGAACAGAUGAGUCGCAUGUCGCCCACCGAAUUAGCCAAUAUCCAGCAACAGAUGAUGGCUAAUCCAGAGUUGAUGAGAAUGGCCUCCGAAAGCAUGCAAAACAUGAGACCUGAAGAUUUGAGACAGGCUGCCCAACAGUUGAAGCAUACUCGUUCUGAGGAUAUGGCUGAGAUAGGUGAGAAAAUGGCCAAUGCUUCACCUGAAGAGAUUGCUGCCAUGCGUGCCCGUGUUGAUGCCCAGAUCAAAUAUGAAAUUAGUGCAGCUCAGAUGCUCAAGAAGCAGGGUAAUGAACUUCAUAGCCAGGGAAAGUUCAAAGACGCCUUGGAGAAAUAUUUACUUGCAAAGAAAAACCUAAUGGGAAUUCCAUCCUCUCAAGGAAAAUCACUCUUACUAGCAUGCUCUCUCAACCUGAUGUCUUGUUACCUUAAAACAAGACAGUUUGAUGAAUGCACAAAAGAGGGGUCAGAGGUGUUGGGAUAUGAUGCUAAGAAUCUCAAAGCUCUCUAUCGGAGGGGUCAAGCUUUUAAAGAAUUGGGCCGCCUGGAAGAUGCUGUCUCUGAUUUAAGCAAAGCGUAUGAAGUUUCCCAAGAUGAUGAAACUAUUGCAGAUGUAUUAAGGGAUGCAAAGGAAAGAUUGGCUCAGGAAGGUGGUAAUCAUAGACAAAGUGGACUGGUUAUUGAAGAAUUAACGGGAGAAGAUGAUGUUACUACAUCUUCUCAAACAUCAGGGUCAUCCAGAGAAACUUCAGUGUUGCAACCACGAGAGAGUGUUGAUGCACAUAGCUUUCAGAGUAGGGCUAAUAGCAAUGGUUUGAAAACGAAUGCAGAAUCCCUGCAGGCUUUAAAGGAUGACCCUGAAGCUAUAAGAACAUUCCAGAAUUUCAUUUCAAAUGCUGAUCCCGAAACUCUGUCUGCUUUAAGUGGAGCGAAAGCUGGAGAAUUAUCUCCUGAGAUGUUUAGGAGUGCUUCAAAUAUGAUGAGCAAGAUUUCACCUGAAGAGCUGCAGAAAAUGCUUAAAAUGGCCUCCUCAUUUGCUACUAGUAAUUCUUCACAUAGUAACAGCUUCCAACCUGGCCCAAAUGUGACACCAGACAUGCUGAAAACAGCUAGUGAAAUGAUGAGCAAAAUGCCCCCAGAAGAGCUUCAGAAGAUGUUUGAAACGGCGUCCUCUUUGCAUGGAAAAGAUAGAGCUCCAGCAUCAGCAGCUUUGGAAACUAAUGUACAAGAUAGAGGAAAUUUUGCAGUUGAUGGGAAUAGUGUGAAUGCUAGUUCAUCUAGUGGUUUGUUUUCAAGUUCGAGAAAUGCUUCUCAUCCAAGCUUUCCUAGCUCGACUGCUGAUAUGCAGGAACAAGUGAGAAACCAAAUGAAAGAUCCAGCUAUGCGACAGAUGUUUACAUCAAUGAUGAAGAAUAUGAGUCCAGAAAUGAUGGCUAAUAUGAGUGAACAAUUUGGAGUAAAACUUUCUUCAGAAGAUGCAGCAAAAGCACAACAAGCCAUGUCUUCUUUAUCACCAGAAGACUUGGACAGAAUGAUGCGAUGGGCAGAUAAGAUCCAAAGAGGAACCCAAGGUGCAAAGAAAGCGAAGAAUUGGUUACUUGGGAAACCUGGAAUGGUUCUGGCCAUAUGUAUGCUCAUCUUUGCAAUCCUCCUUCAUUGGCUAGGCUACAUUGGGAAGUAACUCCAAAAUGAUUGUAAUUUUCUUAAUUUGUAAACUUAGUUUAGGGAUGAGAUAAGAAUUUUUGAAGUUAUGGAACUAACUUUAUGUAUUGAUGUAGCAUAUUAGGCACUGAAACAAAAGUAAGUAGAUACAUUCUUUGCAAUUUCAAGUUCCAAAGGAGUUUUAAUAAUAUAGCAAAUGUCAUUACAUUUGCCUUACAAUAUCAAA